UAGACAAGGCAGAAACACAGAGAAUUUGGCCCUCUCCGUUCCCCCAAACAGCUCAGUCAGGAGGGCAGGCUAGUGCUCUGCAGCAAGGCUCUUACCAGCCCAGGACAAUGGCCUUCCAGAUGUUACCACCAAAGUGAGAGAGAAGCAGACCCUUCGUGCUCCAGCCUCCUUGCCUUUGCCCUUAUCAAACCAGAAUCGGGAUGUCAGAAGUUCCCGAGGAGGAUCCAGAGGGUCUGGGCCCCCAGGGUCUGACAGCGUUGGGCGGAGUCUGCUUAGCCACCAUGGACAAAAAACUUAAUGUGCUGACGGAGAAGGUCGAUAGACUCUUGCAUUUCCAAGAAGAUGUCACAGAGAAGCUGCAGUGUGUGUGCCAAGGCAUGGACCACCUGGAACAAGGUCUGCAUCGCCUGGAGGCCUCCCGGGAGUUGGGUCUGGCAGGGCCUGGCAGCAGUCCCCCAGCCACUGUUCAGGCCGCAUGGCCUGAAGUCCUGGAGCUGGUGAGGGCUGUGCGGCAGGAGGGUGCCCAGCAUGGUGCCCGACUCGAAGCCCUCUUCAAGAUGGUGGUGGCUGUGGACAGGGCUAUUACUUUGGUAGGGUCCACAUUCCAGAACUCCAAGGUGGAUGACUUCAUCAUGCAAGGGGCCGUGCCAUGGAGGAAAGGCAGUCUGGCUGAUGGUCCCGAGGAGAACAAGGAGCAAGCAGAAGUUACUGGAGUGAAGCCAAAGCAUGUACUGAAUACAGGAAGUGUGCAAGCUGACCCCUCUAGGACGCUGUGGGAAGAGAGCCAGAAGGACAUACCUGUGGGGACGGUGGAGGGGCUGCCUCUCAUCGUCAAUACGUCACUGAAGGGAGCUGACCUCACCCAGGCAGGAGCCUCACUGGGGCAGGGAGUUGAAGUUCUUGGCUCAGGCCAACUACCCCCACCCACAGAGGCAGAAUCCAGGCUUCCUGAACUAGCCAGUGAGAACACUGGGACCACCCUGGAACUGUCUGUAGCAAUCGACAGAAUCAGCGAGGUCCUCACUAGUCUCAAGAUGUCACAAAGUGCCGGUCAAGGAACCUCAUCCAGCAAGCCUGACUGUUGGCUUUCAGAAGAGGCCAUGAGGCUGAGUUCAGGGCCUUGCCCUCAGCCCCUAGGGCCACUAACUCCAGACAGUGAUAUUCACAGUGGCGAAACACUUCCCAGGAUCUCUAUCCAUAUGCAAGAGAUGGCUGCUCCUGGGCAGCUGCUUGAGACCCAAAGUGGGAGUCCCAUUGGCUCUGCAGAAGCUCCAGGUCCUGGAACUGUGUUAGAAGACCACAUCCCUAAAGGAUCCAGGCCAUUCCCACCCCUGCCAAAGAGGGACAGCAACAAUGGUGGAGUGAGAGAAGAGGAGGAGACAGGGCCUGGGGCUGAGCCUAUCAGAAGGCCAAGCUUGGCCACAAGGGACUGGAGAGAUGAGACUGUUGGGACCACAGACCUGCAGAAAGGCAUAGACCCAGGAGCAGUAAGCCGUGAGCCUGGGAAGGACCACGCAGACCAGGGCCCAGAGAGAACUGAAGCUGGAAGGAGGGUGUCUUCUGCUGCAGAGGCUGCCAUUGUGGUUCUAGAUGACAGUGCAGCGCCCCCAGCCCCCUUUGAACACCGGGUAGUGAGCGUCAAAGAUACACUGAUCUCCACAGGCUACACAGUGUCCCAACAUGAAGUCUUGGGAGGGGGCCGGUUUGGCCAGGUGCACAGGUGUACAGAGAGGUCCACAGGCCUUGCACUGGCAGCCAAGAUCAUCAAAGUGAAGAGCGUAAAGGACCGGGAGGAUGUGAAGAAUGAGAUCAACAUCAUGAACCAGCUCAGCCAUGUAAACUUGAUCCAACUUUAUGAUGCUUUUGAGAGCAAGAACAGCUUCACCCUGAUCAUGGAGUAUGUGGAUGGAGGUGAACUCUUUGACCGGAUCACGGAUGAGAAGUACCAUCUGACUGAGCUGGAUGUGGUCUUGUUCACGAGGCAGAUCUGUGAGGGCGUGCAUUACCUGCACCAACACUACAUCCUGCACCUGGACCUCAAGCCGGAGAAUAUACUGUGUGUCAGUCAAACAGGGCAUCAAAUUAAGAUCAUUGACUUUGGGCUGGCUAGAAGAUACAAGCCUCGGGAGAAGCUAAAGGUGAACUUUGGUACUCCAGAGUUCCUGGCCCCAGAAGUUGUUAACUAUGAGUUUGUGUCAUUUCCAACAGACAUGUGGAGUGUGGGAGUUAUCACCUACAUGCUACUCAGUGGUUUGUCCCCAUUUCUAGGGGAAACAGAUGCAGAGACCAUGAAUUUUAUUGUCAACUGCAGCUGGGAUUUCGAUGCUGAUACCUUCAAAGGGUUGUCAGAGGAAGCCAAGGACUUUGUUUCCCGGUUGCUGGUCAAAGAGAAGAGCUGUAGGAUGAGUGCCACACAGUGCCUGAAACAUGAGUGGUUAAAUCACCUGUCUGCCAAAGCCUCGGGCUCCAAUGUUCGCCUCAGAUCCCAACUACUGCUGCAGAAAUAUAUGGCCCAGAGUAAAUGGAAGAAACAUUUCCACGUGGUGACUGCCGUCAACAGGCUAAGGAAAUUUCCAACAUGUCCCUAAUGAUCAACUCCACUGGUCCACUCGGCCCAGGAACUCUUGAGGCAACACAAAGUGGUAAUAUGAAGAGAUUACUCAAGAUUUUAUGUAGUCUGGCGCUUUGCUAUUAUUAAUUCUUCUUAUUUUGCAAAGAAUAAUGGAAGGAAGAAAGAGAGAAAGAAAAGAAGAAAAGGGAAAAGGAAAAAGAAAAGGCAGAAAGCAAGCAAAGAAAAAGGCUGUCGUUGCCCUCUUUGUAGAGAAAGUGUUUUUUUUUUUUUAUAAUUUUAUUUUUUUUAAUCCCUAGGAAGGUCACUGGGUCUCAUGCGGCUUCCUCCUCAGCACCCUUGGCAAUAAGAGCAGGCAUGCUCAGGAUGAGCAGGGAAAUCCUACUUGGCUUUUAGUCAAAUUUGAAUUCUAAACUUGUCAUGAUUAAAAAAGCCAGUAGGAAGGGAGGUAUGGAAGAGGGAGGAAUUAGGUCCAACAGUGAGGAAUGAAUAUGAUCAAAACACAUUGUAUAAAAUACUUAAAGAAUUAAUAAAAUAUAUUUUUAAAGGAGUCAGUAGAUUUGAGCUGCUUGCUACUUUAGUGAAAGAAGCUUCUUUUUACAGUGGGUAAUAGUGCAAAGAUUCAGAAUUGAUCAAAGUGCAAACUGUGCACUCAGCUCUGGGUGAGUCAGUCCUCUCCUAUCCAAGGCUCAGACUGAGUCUCAGAAGAGGGGGCAGAAAGGAUGUAAGCGUUGGUAGAUGAGGAUGGGCCCUAUGCCAUGUCGUUAAGACAUGACAUGGCUUUUGUAGGCAUCAACUCACAGCAUUUGUGGCUACCUGCACAAGACCAACUUGGCCAAGAUUCCAGUGUGGAUGGGAGGAAACUCCUGAGGCCCACCUCUGUUGGUGGAGUUACUGGCAAUUGAUGGCUGAUGGGGCAGGGAGAAUCAUUCUCCUUCAGUCUCCAGCAGUAGUUGUUCAUGCCCCCAGUGGAUGCUACAUACCCAUGUGCAUAUGGACAGUACUAAUUAGACUGGGGAGGUUAUUAAUAGCAAAACUAAAUAAAAAGGGUACAUGUAGGUAGGAGGGAGGUGGCGUGGGACGUGAGGGAGAGUUGGAAACAGGUAGAUGGAUAUGAUCUAUAUGCAUUGUACUAAUGUAUGGACUGUUCAAAGAAUAAAAAAUAUCAUUUAAAAAAGAA